AAAAAUUAACGAUUUACUAAUUAACUCAAACAUGUUUAUUACAAUAUUAAACAGGUUAUUCAGUAUGUUUUAAGUUAGUUCUCGAAUCUAAUGAAUAAACAUGAGAGAAUGUCGAGUGAAAAUACUCAACAUAGAUGACAUGGUUAAGUAAAUUCAAAUUUAGAACGAAAAUGGCCAGACCCGGCGAAGCUGAAAUAAUUUUUCUCUCCAAAGGCGUUAAUUCUUUUCCAAAAAGGAAACACUCAUUUUUUAAAGUUGUUAGCAAUAAAAAGAAGUCAUCUCUACCCGAUAAGGAACAAAAUCAAAUGAUGGAAAAGGGAGGCGAGAAUAUGAAUUACAGUAACGGUGAACAUUCAAAAUUAAUUCCAACUCAAUCUUCUAAAUAUAAUAUGAAGUGGAAUUCAAUUAAACAGUAUUUCAAGAGGAAAAUUGGUUCGAAAACAUCGAAAAAAGAGCUAUGUGUUGAGGAGUUGAAACACCUUUUUACAGCAGCAAAUCAGGAGAAACAACUUAUUAAUGUAGAAGAAAUGAAGAACGCGAAAAAAGGGGGUGAUUUUGUACCUUUGGGUGAAGAAGAUUUAACCCAGUUAAGUCCCGAUGAAAGAGAACGUAAGGAAAUCAUUACAGUAACCGAUAAGUCAACGCAACCAUUAACUCCUGAAGGGAAAGCAAUCGAAAAAAUUGCUUCGGAGGAAGCGAAUAUGUCAACUUCUGUGACUCUAGGGAAAGAUUGUCUUCAGACGUCUAAUAAUGACAGGACUAUCCAUGACGAAUCACUAACGGCUUCUCAAACCCCUGAAGGAACAUUUGCCAAGCAGUUGACUACCGAAAUGGCCAACGAGAUUUCUACUCCGACGCAAAAUUUUGAAGGAAAAUCAAAUGCAGGAAGAUUCACCAACCCCAGUUACAGGCAAGCAACAACUCAUGGAGCUUCGAAUUUACUAGAAUAUGAUGAUAAAACUAGCUUAGUAUCGAAUAAGAGUAAAUUCUUUGAUAGAGGAGACGCCGAUACUAAAAAAGAGGAAAGUGCAAAAGGAAAAUCUUCAAUGUCCAGGAGAAGACAGUCAAAAUUUGGAUCGAUAAUAAGAAAAUCAUUUUCAUCCGAAGACAAUAAAGGAGAGAAGAAGGAAGAAAGAAGGAGUAAAUCAAGAUCAUUAAAAAUGCUAAAAAUACAUCUUACCAACAAGUGGAGUAUUAGCUCCAAAUCGAAAAAUUCGAUUUUUAAAGAGAACAGUAAUCUACCCAAGUGUAUUCCAUCGUGCUGGUUAAAUCUUCUUUCGUUCAAGUUGAAGGAUGAUUUAUACAGUGGGCUUUGUAAACUUAUGACAUCGACAGCAUACGACUGGUCUCAGGUACCUGCUAUGCCAAACUUUGUUGAUACGGAUAGUGUUGAAUUUGUACUUGGAGGUGAUCAAUGUCCAAUACCUAUUGGUGUAGGAAAUUUUGGUAGUGUUUAUCUCGCACGUCGUCCGGAAGAUAACGAAUUAGUCGUUUUGAAAUACGUAAGAGUUACUUCAUUCGGCCUAUUCGAAUUGAUCAAGGAAGCAGGAUUCAAUAAAAUACUUAGCGACGCAUUUGGUCAACCAGCUCCAAAGUUCUUUGGUUUAAUUAAUCGUCCUUUAGACAAUGACCAUUGGCCUUUAGCAAUUGUAAGUGAAUUUGUUGGCGAUCCUAUAACUCAUAAAGUGUUCAAUUUAUGCGAUGUUCUUCGCUGCUGUACCGAGAAAUCUUCUCGAAUUGAUAGAACGGAAAAGACUUGGUUAUCUGUGUGCAUCGAAAUAACUGAAGCAAUUGCUAACAUUCAUAACUUAUCUAUUUACAUAAAUGACUUAAAAAGUGACAACAUAAUCUUAAGACCAGUUAGAGGAGGUAAAUGGAGAAUUUAUAUAAUUGAUUAUGGGAAUGCGACAAGAGGCCAUCAUAGACUUCAACUAUCAACCGGAGGAAUGUCUGAAAAAGAAUUUUUGACCACCUACGGCCAGGUCGCACCUGAAGUUUUAAGAAAAGGAUAUUGCAGUCCUGCUUCUGAUAUAUACAGUCUUGGAAAUAUCUUAAGCAUGAUACAUUCUUGUAGUUUGGUUGGAAAGACUGUUAAUGAGUUGGGAACUAGAUGCUUAUUGGAAGAUUAUCAAGCUAGACCGUCUACGGCCCACAUAACUAAACAGCUCAUGACGUUAUAUCAAGCGUCCCUUGGUAAACAAAAAUCGUCGGGAAUCGAUAAAACCAAUUAUCCAUUCAAAUAUCUAAACACGAAUUUGAUACAAUCGGUUGUAUGAUGUUUGUUAACGAAGAAAAUUAAUUAUUUGUCAUUCUUGAUAUCAGAGGUUAAUUAUGAAUAAAAUAACGAUUCACUGAGUAAUUUUCGAUUUCCGAAAAGUUAUUAUUUAUUAUUUUUGGAGGGCUAUUGCCCAAUAGUAGCGAUAAUUAGGGCAUUCGAAAGAAA